AAAAAUAAAUAAAAUAAAUAAUAAAAUAGUGUUCUGUUAGUAUUGAGAUCCAAAUCUGAAUUUCAUGAUAUUUUAAAUUCAUUGUAUUUCAUUAAUUGAUAACAAAAGGCAGCCUAACUCACCGACAUGUUCUAGACUUCUAGUCACCCUCACUCUUCCCUAUUACUCACUUGUUUCAUUGUUUGUUCGUGUCGUGUUAUAAAUUAGUGAUUGACUCGGCAAUGUCUCGGGUUAUUGCAUAAACUAGUGGUACCCCCCGUUGUUAAUUUGUUAUAUCACUUGUUUGUGUACUGUCCUACACUUUUAUGUAGUGGAAGUCGAUUACUGUUUGAUAAGUAAUUGCAAUAUUAAUUAAUUUCCAACUUCCAAUUCUGAUUUGAAAAAACAACUUCACCUCCAUUGUUAUUGUUCUGAAGAGAGAUGACGGAAAUAGCAGCAGCAGAAACGACGACAGUAGCAACAAUGGCGGAUAGUAAUGGCGUCAAUGUCAUGGCUGCAUCACCUCCGCAAGCUCUGCUAGAAAGGCUUAAGGAUUACGGUCAAGAAGAUACUUUCGCCUUCUGGAAUGAGCUUUCUUCUGAUGAACGCGAACAUCUUAUCAAAGAUAUUGAGAGUUUAGAUCUUCCGAGGAUUGAUCGGAUUAUCCGAUGUUCGUUUCGUUCUCAAGGAUUGCCGGCUGCGGCGAUUGAGCCGGUGUCGGAGGAAAUUGUGUCAACGGUGGAGCAUAGGACGAUCGAGGAGAGAGAAAAGUGGUGGAAGAUGGGAUUGAAGGCCAUCCAUGCCGGCAAGUUGGCUGUCAUCCUUUUGUCCGGUGGUCAGGGAACUCGGCUUGGAAGCUCAGAUCCUAAGGGUUGCUUUAAUAUUGGCCUUCCUUCCAGAAAGUCACUUUUCCAACUUCAGGCAGAGCGAAUUUUGUGUGUUCAAAGAUUAGCAGCUCAUUUUAUGAAUGAGGGAUCAGCAGAUGUUGUACCAAUCCACUGGUACAUAAUGACUAGCCCCUUCACGGACGAAGCAACACGCAAAUUCUUUGAAAGCCAUAAAUUUUUUGGUCUUGAAGCUGAUCAAGUGACGUUCUUCCAGCAGGGAACAAUACCUUGUAUUUCAAUGGAUGGAAGAUUCAUCAUGGAGACUCCAUAUAAAAUGGCAAAGGCUCCUGAUGGGAAUGGAGGAGUUUAUACAGCUCUAAAGUCUUCGAGACUGUUAGAAGAUAUGGCUGCACGAGGAGUCAAAUAUGUAGAUUGUUAUGGUGUAGACAAUGCACUCGUUCGCGUUGCUGAUCCCACUUUCUUGGGUUAUUUCAUUGAUAAAAAUGUUUCAGCUGCUGCAAAAGUUGUAAAGAAGGCCUAUCCCCAAGAGAAAGUUGGUGUAUUUGUACGACGAGGAAAGGGUGGCCCAAUUGAUGUGGUUGAAUACAGUGAGCUAGAUCCUUCAGUGGCUAGUGCAGUCAAUCAGGAAACUGGGCGUCUUCGCUUUUGUUGGAGUAAUGUUUGCUUGCAUAUGUUCACCUUGGAUUUUUUGAAUUCUGUGGCCAAUGGACUGGAGAAUGAUUGCAUUUAUCAUUUGGCAGAGAAGAAAAUACCAUCAGUUAAUGGAUAUACAAUGGGACUAAAACUGGAACAGUUCAUAUUUGAUGCCUUCACAUAUUCUCCUUCUACUGCACUGUUUGAGGUUUUUCGAGAAGAAGAGUUUGCCCCUGUAAAAAACGCAAAUGGGGCAAAUUAUGACACACCUGAUAGUGCGAGAUUGCUUCUUCUCCGUCUUCAUGCUCGAUGGGUGAUUGCUGCUGGUGGCUUUCUUACCCAUUCGGUGCCUUUAUAUUCAACUGGUGUUGAAGUUUCUCCGUUGUGCUCUUAUACGGGGGAAAACCUUGAAGCUAUUUGCCGUGGAAGAACCUUCCAUGCUCCGUGUGAAAUCACAUUUUAAAUUUGAUUUAUGAUUUGUAUAUCAGGCAUGUCAUUUUUUAUGAAAAAGAUUAGAAGAGAUAUAAUCAUACGAGUAUGUAUAUACACUCAACUUCAUGAGUCGAGAGUUUGAAUCAUUUUGGCAGAUUUAUUGUUCGAUAAAUAAUGAGCUUUUUUGAUGCACGGCUUGAUGUGUUUGAAUUGUUUGUUCGAGGAAGGCUGAUUAGUGGUAGUGGCUCUCAUUUGCGAUGAAGAGUGAAGAUUGGCUCAACCCAUUAGCCCGACUGUUGAGAAACACUCAAUACUUUAACACCCUCUUUAUUGAGAGUUUUGGUUAGUUCAAGACUGGGCUCAAAGCCUCAACCCAUGUAGGUUGUGCUCGUUAAGCCCAGCCUGUCGAUUACUCUAUAGAGUAUAGAGCAGUUUUUAAUCUAGCCUACUGAAAGAUUUUAAUCUAGUUAACAUAUACUGAACUUUUUAUACACGAAUAGAUGCGUGCAGCGCGCUUUAGCUAGUUUUGUUAUAUGGUGUAGUAGAGAAUAAACAUUUUAUUGCAGGGUUACAAACAAGCGAAACAACUAUCUUUUUGCUACAAAGGCUAAAGUUUGUAUUCUUGAAUGAAAUGCCACUUUAAUGAGUUG